UAUGCCAGGUCAAAUAAGCGCAUAUCUUUUAAAUUGUGUGAUAACAGCUUGGGAAAUAGCGCAUUCUGCCUAGAGCAAAUACGCCGGUGUCAAGAUGAAUCGCACGUCUGUUCUUUGGCUCUUGCUUUUGGGAGCAGCCCUGUUGGAGGGCAAAGCAGUCCGCCACAAGGCCAAGAAGACACACAAGGCUGGCGAGAAAGAACAAGAUGUUUACUAUCCACCCCCACCACCGCCUCCCCCAGAUUACCCACCUCCUCCACCACCACCUCCAUAUUAUCCUCCACCUUAUUAUCCACCACCUCCACCUCCACCUCCACCACCCCCAGUUUAUCCUCCACCUGAAUACCCACCUCCACCAGCUCCGGUGCCUCCACCAGCCCCUGCACCAGUCCCCUGCACAAUGGAUGCCGACUGUGUUGCUGCACCUGGCACACCAUACUGUGUAGCUGGAUUCUGCGCAGCGACACCAUUAGGAAAGAAAAAGAAGAAGAAGCUGAGGAAGAAGGCCAAGUUUGCCGAUCACGAGAAAGAUUUGGCAGCUGGAGAGACAAAAGUGGAAGAGGCUGUUACCAAUAAGAAGGUUGCUGAUGGAGAUGAUGAAGAUCAUGCGGAAUCUGCUGAGAAGAUCGUACAACAGGCCUUGGCCAAGGGAAAGGAGGGCGAGGAGAAAAAGAAAAAGGAAGAGAAGAAGGAGAAAAAGAAGGAAGAAGAAAAAGAGAAUGGAGCUGACAAAGAAGAGCAAGAAGACGAUUGAACGACUCAAGCAAAAGACAGGAGAGUCCCGAGAUCUUCGAAGGCAAAAUCGACCAUCUAAGGUUGUAGGCAUCUGUUCACAGAUGUAAACCAAAGAGUCACAUGCUUGCUGUCAAUGCUUGCUACUUCAAAGGAGUCUUAUUGUACAUCAAACUGAUGAUGAUGACGAUUUUUAUAACUUAAUAAAAA